ACAAUCAAGAAAUACAAGAGUCAAAGAAUUUUAUAUAAAAUGUAAAUCACUAUUGUUUAGUAUUUUAGUAAUAGUAUGUUAAACAUUAAUAAUUUUACAACCAUUGCAUUGGCGACUGCUUGACAAUAAAACACAAGAUUCUCGGAAUUUAUAAAUAGGCUACAAUGUAAAAAAAAAAGGUAGAAUGUUACAAUGAUGAGUUACAUAUUAAUCCAAAAUAAUCCAAGGUUAGCUGUAAGCACAGCCUUUCGUGCCCUUGGUACGACGGCACGAGCCUGUGCAAACCACUAUGAUGUUCUUGGAAUUACGCCCAAAGCGAAUCAAAACGAAAUCAAAUCAGCCUAUUAUAAAUUGUCAAAGUUAUAUCACCCAGACAUAUCCAAGGAUGAGGAAACUGAUAAAAAGUUUAGAGCCAUCACAGAAGCAUACAAAGUCCUAGGAAAUAUAGGCCUAAAAAGAUUAUAUGACAAAGGGCUACUGGUUGGUAAAGAAAAUACAACAAGGAUGGACUACAAGCCAGAUCCAGAGCCUACUGAUCCAACGUUAAAGUUCUACAAAUCACGUGUUUCAAGACAUGUCCCUACUAUAGAUGGGAGGACACCCAUUUAUGAUUUUGACACAUGGUCAAAAGAACACUAUGGCAAUAUCUUAAAGAAGAAUGAACAAGCUAAAAGAGCAGUAAAAACAAAGGAAGAGAACAGAAAAAUAAAACAUGAUUCAAUUCGUCAGGAGGCAACAAUGUUUGUUAUUUGUACUAUCACCUUUCUUUUCCUAACACUAACCGUGUUUGGGAAACCCGAGUAUGAUAGAAAUAAAAUAUCUCAUAGACACUCUGGGAGCAAAGAUAGUUGAGAUCUUGACAUCUGCCAAUUGUAAAGUAAUCAAGUUUAAAGUAGUUGUAAAUAAAUUGUUAUAAAUGUAGAAAAAUUAUAUUUAUUUUAAUAAAAUGUUAACAUAUUA